AUGUUUUCGUGUAUAUUGUGUAAGGGUAUAUUGAAUGACCCAGUGACACUUCCAUGUGGACACACGUAUUGUAGGAAAUGUUUAGAAAAAGACCCAAAUAAAAGAUGUAAUAUGUGUAAUACUGUUCAUUAUAAAAUCAAAAUAAGUUCCAUCAAAUCAAACGUUUUAUUAUCAAAAUUGAUUGAAAAAUGGUUCAGUGACGAAAAUAAGGCAGCUGUCUUG